UGGACUAUUUUGUCCUUAGAUUGUCAUGGAACCUCUUGGUGUAUCUGUGGAUGAAGACCUCAACAAUGCAGCUAAACAAGUUGAGGAUGAUAUGAAGUCGAAAGUGGAAGCACCCUUUACUCCUGAGUUGCUCCAGCGGUAUGCCAUUGAUGGUGGAGAAUCUGACUUUGAGACUGUUUUAAAACAUAAUGGAGGAAACAUACCCACGGGUGGUCUUAUUAGUGUUAUAUCCAGCAGGAGUGGAAUCAAGCCUGAAAAGGAAAAUGGAAGUGGUAAAAAGCGGCGCAAAGACAAUCACAGCCAUAAUUAAGCAAAAAAAGAUGUUGACUACGAAGAACAAAUUCGAUUGCAUUGAAUUAUUUAGGUUGUGUUAUGUUAAAAUAUAAAUGAUACUCCUUAAUUAUAAUAUUUUUUAAGUAAUUGACAUCCAUUACAAAAUUUAGUUAA